UGUUGGUAAGCAGUAGCCGAUACCCAGAUCAGUGGAUUGUACCAGGUGGAGGAAUGGAACCAGAAGAAGAGCCAGGGGGAGCAGCUGUCAGAGAGGUGUAUGAAGAGGCUGGAGUAAAGGGAAAGCUAGGCAGACUGCUUGGGAUAUUUGAGCAGAACCAGGAUCGGAAGCAUAGGACAUAUGUUUAUGUUCUUACUGUGACGGAAAUACUGGAAGACUGGGAGGAUUCAGUUAAUAUAGGAAGGAAAAGAGAAUGGUUUAAAGUAGAAGAUGCAAUCAAGGUCCUUCAGUGUCACAAGCCUGUUCAUGCAGAAUACUUGGAAAAACUGAAACUGAGCUGUUCACCCACAAAUGGAAACUCUGUGGUUCCCCCUCUUCCAGAUAAUAACUCCUUAUAUGUCACUUCUGCACAGACUUCUGGGUUGCCCUCUACUGUGAGAUAAACAUUUGGAUUACCUUUUUAUUCAUGUCAUCACAAGGGGAGACAUCUGUGAUCACAUGUAGGAAUCUGUAUAACUGUCAGUUCUAAGUGAAAUAUGUGAAUGUGUCAUAAUGUCAAUUUUAUUUGAACAUAUUUUUCCUUUUUAACAAUGUAAAAUAGUAUUUCAGCAAACCAAAGCCAUAUAUGGAUUUUUUUAAAUGCCUUAAUAGGCCAUUUAAAAAAAAAAUUACUUGAGUAUAUAGAUUUCCAAUCUGCUAAAAUAAAAUAUGCAUCUCAGUGGUGUUCAGCUUAUUUAAGACAUUAUUGUCAGUUUUAGUCAGUAGUUCUGCAAGAGUACUUGCUUAGAAAAAAGUUUGAGCCAACAGUCUUAUACUAAACUCUUACUAGGUAUCCACAGAUGAACUGCUAACAUCUUAAGAUGGUGGUAUUUGGGUAAAUGGGUGUGUUGAAGGCAGAGAUGCUUAAGUGUGACUGCAGUAAAGCACUAAACCACAUUCAACCUGUCAAGAGCAAAGGAUACCAACACUAAGCACUGCUUGCCUCGGUUACCCAAAAGGUUACCUUGUCGUAUGCAAUCUUCAUGUAAUGUAUAACAAGAGCAAGAACAAUAACUCUGUCUUGCAACUACCAAAACUAUCCACUGUAUUUCUGUUUCUUCAUUUGGUCAGCUGAUGAACUGUCAGAGGACUUACAUGAAAAGCAUUGUAGAUCCCUCUUCCCCCAUUUUUUCCUUUUAGCAUUUUGAUACAUGUUUUGUUCAUGGUGUAAUUACACUGCAAGUUCCAAAGCCUUCUAAUCUUCAAUGAGAAGCAUCUUGGGUAGUGUUCCUGCAGUCAGUUGUAAUUUUAAAAUGUUUAGAGGAAAAUAAGACUUACCCAAGGGGGGCGGGCACCCUUAUGUUACAGAGGUCUGUUAGCAAGCAUCUGUUGAAGUGUCUUGCCCAGCAGGAGGUAGUAGUGGUACCUCCUGGGCUUGGAGACAGGUGGGUUGAUACUUACACUAGUGAAAAAAUGAUACUCCUUUGUCUUAUUCAAAAGGUGUGCUGAGAACCUCAAUUUUAAGUUAAUUCUUAAAUAUUUCCCUUUCACUGAUUUAACAUAGAUUGCUUUAGCUUCUUGAGUUAAAAGCUGUCCUCUUGAUAAAAACUUAGUUGGAAUAAAUGAGGUACAGCUGACAACUUCCCUGUUCUUAAUUAUUCAAUCCUCUUUUUUUCAGCUGGAAAAUAAGACCAACAGUGGAUUUAGUUAAUGUUUUUACCAUAGGAUUACCCUCUAUGUACAUGUGUGUGUAUGGUUUCUUCUACGGGAACACAAUCUAAUUCAUAUAAACAUCCUAAUUCUGAUUUUUUUUUUCCCUAGGAUCUAAACCCAACUGUACCUCCUCUCUAGCCAGCCAAAACAGAAGUUGAGGUAGACCAUUACCUCACAUGUGAAAUUUAUUCUGGGUAAAGCUCAUUCUCUUACACAACAUUUGAACCCUUGUAAAUAGUCCAACUAGUAAAUAGUGAGUGUAAAAUGGAAAAGAAAUGUAAUUUAAACCUUUUGUUACUCAAUACAUGAAUGGUUAACUUCUACUUUUUUAACACAAAUUGUGUAAAAUGCUGCUAUGAAUUUUUUUGUGCUGUUACACUUUUUUAGGAAAAAAUGUUGUUGCCACAAGUUACUCAUUAGAAAAUCAAUCUUGUGCCAUAUGUAAAUGUAGUGAAAUUAGGGAGACAGAUGAACUGAUCUUUUAAUGCUGCUCUCUUUGAAGAGGCAUAAAUACUACUGACAAGAGGCAUGAGCCACCAAACUGAAGACUUCUAAAGUGUUGAGUAGGAUGCUGUUUUCCAUCCCUGUAUUUCCUAUUCCAGGUCACUUCUGAACUAGAAAGAACAAUCAACUCUGUUCAGGUGUACCUAGAGGUGGAAGUAUUGCCAACAGCUUAUCCACCCUUGCAGUCAUGAGGGGGGGGCGUCAGGGAAGGAGUUUUAAUAUAUUUCAGUAGUGCACACAAGCGUAUUCAUACUUUACACUGAUUCUAAUCUAUAUUGGGAUGCCAUUUGCUCAGCUUACUUCAUCAAACUGAAUGGUCUAUCAAAAGCACUGCUUUGCCAGGUGAAACAGAAGAAAGUGGAGUUGAGCAUGUUGAAGAAUGUCUGAUUUUUUUUUUAUAAAAUCAUACCCACCAUGUGUAAGGGUACCUCUGGCUCUAAAUCUGCCUUUAAAAGAGCUUAGCUCCCUUUUUUGAUCAGGUUGAUGCUCACUUUUUGUUCAGUAGACAUUUUAACACUUUAAAUUGAGCGAACUUGUACAGGCUUUCUUGUAACAAGAUUACAUAGAAUCUGUGAAAGCUAAAACAAGAAUCCAGAGUUUGAGUUCUUCACAAAAAAAUGCUUGUCUCCAUUUCAGAUUCUUGGAAUGAAACCAAUCCAAGCUUGUAUGAGAUUUAGUGGUAAUGCAUGAUCUUAUUUUGUAACUCUUGAAUUAUGUAUUUGAUAAUAAUGUAAAAAUGUACAGUAUUGCUGUUGCUAACAAACUCAGAGUUGAUUGCCUAUAAAUAUUUUGGUUAUUUUUUGGUCACACACAUUUGAGCUGUUUUGUAGUGCCAGACAGAUUUAAUUUUUUUUAAACAGCAUUUGUUGUAUAAAUCUCUUCAGUCUCUAUGCAACCUUCAGAAUGAAGCUCUGUUGCUUAGUUUGACUUCUAUUCCCUUUCAAAGAUAAGCGUUCUGUGAAUUGUAAAGCUAAAUGGAAAACACUUCAAUUACGCUACAGGGAACCACUGUAAUAAACAGGCAGCAGUAUGGCUUCAGUCCUAAUUAAUUCUGACACUAAACUUCAACAGAAAGAGUCUGUGUAAAAAUCAGAAUAGAAAGGCUAAAGUUUUUCUACUACAUAUCAAUUUAAAUGUAGAAGUUUUUUGGUUUAUGUAUUUGUUCCAUAAAGUACAGAAUUUGGAUUUUUCUCAUGCCAUAAAUUCUGUACAAUGUAUCCAGAUUUUGUUCUCCAGAGAAAGGGAAGAGACAGGUUAUCUUCAGUUUUCAGUCUAGUUUGUACUGCUGCUUUUUCCUGGCUGUUGGGUUUUAAAUUAUGAGUUAGAUUAUGGUGGUAUCAAAUAGAAAUAGCCUUAAAGUUUAAAAGCAUGUGGAGCCAGAAUUAAGUUAAAUGGAUGUGCUUUUAAACAC